AUGGCGGAUCCAGCAGCGGCUCCAGAGGCGGCAGCAGUGGCGGCUCCCAACACGCAGCCGACCAUUCGCGUGGAAGUCGUAUUUACGCCGCUGGAGAGUUCUGUGCUGAGAGCAGCAGGAGUACUUGGCCGCGCUUCUGGCCAUCUUGAGGAACAUCAGGCCACCCAUUGGGCCCUGUAUUUUUACUACCCGAACGGAGACGUCCAGAUCGUCGAGGGCGUGCCCUACCAGAAGAUGCUGCAUUGCGUGAACAGCAUCAGCCACGUCGACUACCUGCGAGGGCACAUAAGGACCUCGAUUGAUCUAGACAAACAGCAGAACCUGACCGAAGACAAGAUACAAGAGGCGCUAAGGAACCCGCGUGUCGCCAAGCCGACGCCGUACGAUCUUGAAGAAAAUAACUGUCAUCAUCUCGCACGCCUAUUUCUCCGCCUGCUCGGCAUACGUGUUCCUCAAGCACUCAACACCGCCGAAGUGGCCGUUGCCAGAUUCAAGAACCACACCCUCACGACGGGCAUGGCGAUGGGCUUAAGCGGCAGCUGGCUUCUGUGUUGGCUGAGCAUUUCAACGUCAAUACAGCAGGUAAGCGCUACCAUUUCUUCAAUCGAGCAUCAGAUCACUGAAGGUGCACCAUGUUUGCCCGGUAUAGAGCCUGUUUUUAUACUGCGGAGGCAAUCAGUUUUUUUCAUUUUUAACUUAUUUACAGGGACAGUGGAAGGCUUUGUUGAUCUGGGAAAGUUCACCUUGGAGGAAGAUCGGACGACUCCAGCAGACCACGGGAUGGUGAUGAUGUUUCAACCUUUUCAAGGUGACUGGACACAGAUAUUGGGAGUGUUUUCAUCCAAAGGGAACAUCAAAGCAGAAAUGCUGGCGAAGCUUCUUCUAGAGGCCAUCCUGCUGUCAGAACAAGCCGGACUUUUCGUCGACUUUGUAUCCUGUGAUGGAGCAACCUGGAAUCGAAGCAUGUGGAGGUCAUUUGGAAUUGGCGCAUCCUCAGUCAAGACCACAUGCAACGUUACCCACCCUGUGGACCCCUCCAGAAAGCUUCACUUCUGCUCCGACUUCCCACAUUUAGUGAAAUGUGUUCGCAACUCAUUUGUAAGCACCGGGUUCACCACUCAAGACGGUCGUGCGUGUGUUGAGCACAUUGAGGCAGCAUGGCAGAAAGACAAAAGUUCUUUAACUCUGAAGGCCAUGCCACAUAUUACGAGAGUGCACAUUCGGCCCAAUUCGUUUGAGAAAAUGAAAGUUAACUUGGCGUUCACACUGUUCAGUGAUUAG